GAAAGUUACUGUUCAAAUCAAAUACAUCAUAAUGCAGAAUUCUUUAUCAGUACCACCAAAAGAUCAAGAUCCAAUCCUUUGGUGGGAAUGGAGGAGCAGGAGGAGGAGGACACACGUUGCACGUUCUCCAAACAAGUGUCCGGCAGCCUUUCUGGAUUUGUCAGAAUCCUAUGGAUAGUGAAUCAAACAUUCCUUCUGGAAAAAUACAAAGUGGGAAAUGUUUGAAGAGUAAGAGUCAGUUUAGGACCAUUGCACCGAAAAUUGUGCCCAAAGUCCUAACAUCCAGAAUGCUGCCAUGUCAUUUACCAUCACUCUCUGAUCAGGUGACUCUGGGACUCUCCAUCAACUCCAAGCCACUGGGGAUGUCCACCCAGAACUAUGCUCUGAUGCAGGUUGCUGGCCAAGAGGGGGCAUUUUCUCUUGUCGCUUUGCCAAAUGUUGCCUCAGCUCAGUCAAUUCAGAAACCCAGAAUGCCCCUGCCUGAAAACCUUAAAUUGCCUAUUCCUCGAUAUCAACCCCUAAGAAAUAACAAAGAAUCAAGAAAGAAACCUUUCCUGAGCCCUCCUGAGAGUGGCUGUAGCAAACCUCCUGCCCAAACCCAAGUGUGUCCUCAGAUGUCCCUGUCCUCACCUGACCACCCUGAGCUCCCGCGCAAACCCAAUCCCUUUGAACAAGUGCCAUCACUAGAGCCAGCCCCAGCCAGCAUCAGCACGGCUACACUGACCAAUGGCUGUGACCAUGGGGACUCGAGGCCUCCAGGGACCAACAGCUGUGGUCAUCUGAACGCUGCUGCCACCCCAACCUCACCCACCCCAGAGGGGCCCUCUGCCAAGCAGGGCCUCCCAGAGAGUUCAGGGAAAGCAAACUCUGCAAGCAAGAGCACAGCCAGCAAACCUGCUGCCGUCACCAGUGAAAACCUCGAAGAACAAAUUGACCCUGCAAAAGCCACGACCAAGUCACCCCCAGGUGUUUCUGGCAGUGCAGUCCAGUUGACCACCGCAGUCCCCACAGGGAAAGUGCCAAUCUUACCCUACCCAAGAGUGAAAACCGCGGAGGCUUACGACGUGGAGUCAAGUGCUAACUCUGCAGGUUUCUCUCGACUGGGGCCCGGGGCAGACUGUGAUAAGACAUCCACCAUCACAGAAGGCUUCGAUGCGGCCACCAAAGUGGCCAGCAAGAUGCCUGUUCCACAGGUGUCACAGCAGAGCCCCUGUGAAAAUGCCUUUUGUACAACCACCAAGCUAGAUCUCAGCCACAGAACAAAACUGAACAGCGGGACAGCAAAGAGAAGUGGAAGAAAACGAAAAGCACCAGAUGAAAUUUUGGCACUUCAGGGAAAAAGGAGAAAAUGCAUCAUUAACAAGUAUAGAGAUGGUAAAGAAAGAAUAAAAACCGAUUCCCAAGAAUCCAGAGACCAAAAACCUGGGGCUGUGAAAAAAUACCGUAGCAUCAUGCCCAAACCUGUGAUUGUCAUACCCACCUUGGCUCCCCUGGCGUCUCCUGCAGCUGCAGUGCAAUCUCAAAUGCUCGGGGGCCUAGGACAGGACAUCCUAUUAAAUAAUUCACUCACUCCUAAAUGUCUUGGCCCUAAGCAGAACAGCAGCCCUUCCCCUAAGCCCAGUUCCGCGUUCAGAAAUGGAUUCUCUGGCAUUAAGAGGCCUUGGCACAGAUGUCACGUCUGUAACCACCACUUCCAGUUCAAACAGCACCUUCGAGACCACAUGAACACACACACCAACAGACGGCCUUACAGUUGUCGGAUUUGUCGCAAGGCCUACGUACGUUCUGGCAGCCUCAGCACACACAUGAAACUUCACCAUGGAGAGAACCGUCUGAAGAAACUCGUGUGCUGUGAGUUUUGUGCAAAAGUGUUCGGUCACAUCCGAGUCUAUUUUGGCCAUCUGAAAGAAGUGCAUAGGGUUGUGAUCAGCACCGAGCCUGCCCCCAGUGAAGCGCAGCCAGGAGACAUGCCAAAGAACAGAGACACUAGUGUGCGAGGGACGGAAGGCUCGCUGGAGAGGGAAAAUAAGUCAUGCCUGGAAGAAGACUACCUUCUAAACCAGGCAGAUGAAGUCAAAUUACAAAUCAAAUGUGGCCGUUGUCAGAUCACUGCUCAGUCUUUUGCUGAAAUAAAGUUUCAUUUACUUUAUGUUCACGGAGAGGAAAUUCAGGGUAGGCUACAAGAGGGGAUCUUAACGGGAAGCAAGGUCGCUCAGAAAGCACUGGUUAAACACUCCACUCCUGACUGGAAACGGCAUCCCGAAAGAAGAAAGCUAGCAAAGCAUUGUCCCUCUGAGGAGGAGUUACAUGCACUCCCUAGAUUAAAAAGGCAGCUCUACCUUCAUCAUCAGAGCAGUGUGGAAAUACUCGUGAAAAACGAAGGAGCCCAGCCAGGAACCAGUGAGCCCAGGGAAAGCCCCCAGGACCCCGAGGGUCCCGGCCUCCACACUGUUCUCCUGUGGUCCCAUUCCGGCUUUAACUGCCUCCUGUGUGCACAGAUGCUGGGAAGGAAAGAGGACCUCCUCCUCCACUGGGAACGCCAGCAUAACUGUGAGGACCCUUCCAAACUGUGGACUAUUUUAAACACAUUCUCUAACCAGGGAGUGAUUGAACUUUCCAGUGAAACUGAAAAAUGAGACACCAAGAC